GGAGGCACGGGCCAGGGGCAGUUCUCUCCUCACUUGUAAACUUGUAGUUUCACAGGAAGAAAAAAAAAUGCAGUUUUAAAUAAAGAAAUUUCUUUUUUCCCUGGGUUUAGUUGAGAAUUUUUUUCAAAAACAUGAGAAACCUCAAAGUAUUUUUCUCUUAAAGUCCCAAACAGGUUUUUCCCCUGGUUCCCACAGCUUUGCCCUGACCACCCAGGCCCCUCAGUUCACUGCUACCUCCUCUCAAGAUCCUGCCUGCCCCCCAAAACCUGUCGGUCAAUAAUCUUGCCUAGUCAGGACGGGGCUGUGGUGGUCCACCAGACAGUUCUCUGAUGCAAUAGGUUGGGGGUCCUCAGGGCAUGAGAAGCUCUAGGAGAUGUGCUCCCCACCCCCAUGGAUGUGACUGUGCCUAGGAGGCUGGCAAUGCCCAUGGGUGGGGUGACAAUUGUUUCUCCUUGUACCUGAAGGACUCUUGUCGGAGAGGCAUGAAUUCCUAGCAUUCCCUGUGCCGGGACGGGAUGGGGAAAUGGGGCAGGGUUGAGGGUGGCAAGCCCCACCUAGGGCGUCCAACUCCACAGUGAGAGGGGCAGACAGAGCCAGGAGCCCAGGAAGGAAGCAGGAUGGCAGCAGGUGCAGCGGCUGGAGCCUGGGUGCUGGUCCUCAGUCUGUGGGGGGCAGUGGUCCAAGGUCGAAACGUCACAGCCCAGAUUGGAAAGCCACUGGUGCUGAACUGUAGGGGCGUCCCCAGGAAAUCACCCCAGCAGCUGGAAUGGAAACUGAACACAGGUCGGACGGAAGCUUGGAAGGUCCUGUCUCCCGAGGGAGGUUCCUGGGAUAGCGUGGCUCGGAUCCUUCCCAAUGGCUCCCUCCUCCUGCCAUCUGUUGGGAUCCAGGAUGAGGGGACUUUCCGGUGCCAGGCGAUGAGCCGCAGUGGAAAAGAGAUCAACUACAGUUACCAAGUUCAAGUCUACCAGAUACCUGAGAAGCCAGAAAUUAUUGAUCCUGCCUCUGAACUCAAGGCUGGUGUACCCAGUAAGGUGGGCACAUGUGUGUCUGAGGGGGGCUACCCUGAAGGGACUCUUACCUGGCACUCGAAUAGGAAACCCCUGAUACCUGAUGGCAAAGGAGUAUCUGUGAAGGAAGAGACCAGAAGACACCCCGAGACAGGGCUUUUCACACUCCAGUCUGAGCUGACAGUGACCCCAACCCAGGGAGAAGCAACCCACUACACCUUCUCCUGUAGCUUUCGCCCUGGCCUUCCACGGACCCGACCCCUACGCACGACCUCCAUCCGGCUCAGUGUCAGGAACCCCAAGCCCAAGCCCGAGUCUCUGGAGAUUCAAUUGGUGGCAGAGCCAGAAGAUGGAAUGGUAGCGCUGGGUGGCACUGUGACCCUGAGCUGCGAAACUUCUGUCCAGCCCCCUCCUGAAAUCCACUGGAUCAAGGAUGGCACAACCCUGCCCCAUCCUCCCAGCCCAGUGCUGCUUCUCUCUGAGGUGGAGCCUCAGGACGAGGGAAACUACAGCUGCGUGGUCACCCAUCCCAUCCAUGGGUCCUCGGAAAGCCGUGCUGUCAGCAUUGGAAUGGUGAGUGCUGGAGGUGAGGGUACCCUCAACUCUCUGCCUUUCUCUCCAGGCCUUGUGGAAGGCUUAGGAACUCUAGCCCUGGCCCUGGGGGUCCUGGGAGGCCUGGGGGUAGCAGCCCUGCUCAUUGGGAUCAUCGUGUGGCAAAGACGGCGGCGCAGAGGACAGCAGAGGAAAGCCCCAGAAAACCGGGAGGAGGAGGAAGAACGUGCAGAGCUUAAUCAGUCAGAGGAGCCAGAGGCAGCAGAGAGCAGUGCAGGAGGGUCUUGAGGGGCCAGCAGCCAGACUCCAUCCCAUACUCUGCUCAGCUCUCCCCUGUAU